AUGAAAAAUAAGUACAAUGACAUUGGAAGAAGCAGAAGCACUGGAAGAAACUUAAUACCUCUGCAAGCAAAUGGACAAUUUAAUAGUGAAAACUACCUAAAAUCAGCGCAAUCGUGGCUAAAAGUAUUAAAAAAUGAUAAAUCCUUUCUUGAAAAAAGACAUUCAUUAUCUCCACAAGCAGACGAAUACUUGGAAAUGUUACAAUUACACAUAAAAGAGCAGCUGCAAACCGUUUUAAAUCUAGAAAAAGAAAACAAAAGGCUAAAUAAAUCCCAAUCUAUAUCAGCCAGCAACGAUAAAAUUUCUUUAAGCACUGACGGAAGCAUGAUACGAGAAAUUGUUCGAUAUAGGAAAAAUAUUAACAAAGCUGAAGAACAAGAAAUAAGCAACCAAAAUAAAAUGAAAGAGUACCAAAUAAGGAUUCUGAAGCUUGAAGAAGAAAUAAAAAGCUUAAAAACGAACGGAAAUAACAUAAACGAUUAGAUUAGAUUAAAUUAAAUUGUAAAGGGGAAUUAUUUCAGCUCAUCUUUGUCAAGGCAGGCUUCAGGCUCAGGUAGCCCGAAUCCAGCCACACAACACCUUUUUUCUGUUGAGUUCAACAAAAAUGGUGAGAUCGGUAGUCUCUCAGGAAGAAUCUGCCAAUUGUGUUUGGGUCUGCUCAGCGACAAAAAAAUUUUUAAACUGUUAGGAGGGCUCAGAGUAUGAGUGAACCGCUCAAUACCUCUUCUAGAUUCCCAGCUUUAUUCAGGAAAUAUUGCUUCAUCAGAAAAAUGAGCCUAAAAUAAAUUUUGGUCUCUUAUCUGUGGUUUGAGGAAAAACAUAAACGAAGAAACUGAAAGUAAAGGGAGUUUUGUUGAAACUUAUAAUAAAUCUUAACUUAAAUUACUUAUAGAGAAGUCCCCUACAGGUCAGCAGGCCACUAAUCAACUCUGUAUAACGCUCCACUGCUUGCUUCGGAGCCCAUAUCAGCCUUCCACCGUAUUGCUUCUCACGGACGAGACUUGCACUCGCUACCCUAGAGUCAGAGACUUUGGGCCGUCAACGUCAACGGGGUUCGACCUUUCUGAAAAAUUCGAAAAAUCGAAUUUUCUGAUCGCUGUCGACAAAAAUGGAACUAUGGCGCAAUGCCUGUAUCGCGCUGAGGAUUGUGUCUGACUUGCCAAGUGACAACCUCUAGUCUUGCUGGAGUUCCCCUUUCCAGCAUCAGCGAAACAUUUUCCCCACGAGGUAAAACCUUGUCCUGGAUGUGAGCUCGCGGUCGGUUGAACCCGGCCUGAUACACAUUUUCAAGCGCUGUCCUCCGUUCCGCAAGCUCCCCAGCAUUCUCAAUGAGCCUACCGGCUACAAAUGCUAAGAGGAGCAGGUUGGCUCACGGCCCCCAUUUUAAUGUAUACAAAACUUAUAAAUCACUGGCUAAAAAACUGAAAUUAAUUAUGGCUAUAUGGAAAAUUAACACAGGAAAACUUCAGCAGAAAAUUAACGAUUUAGAAAAAGAGCAAAAAGAAUUGCAAGAAGAAGCUAUGCUUAAUGAAGGCACUAUUAUAAAAAUACUUUUUAUAAAAAAUAAAAUGAAGAUUAUAUAUAGAAAAGUAUAUGGCACUACAAACAAGAACGUUUAAAAAGCAGUCCCAACAGCGACUGCUUAAAAUGACAUUUGACGACUACUCAACUCUAAAGCUGAAUAAAUAUUCCCCCAAAGACAGUGACUUCAGAGACCCUGACGUCUCUUUCUUCUACAAACCCUCAAUCAACGCCCUGUACACUUAA